AUGUUCAGUCCCAAAACAUUCUCUUUUCUUCUUCUACCAACCUUCCUCCUCAUAGCUUCAACCUUCUUUUCAUUUUCUCAUGGAGCUUCUCAAGUUCAUCACCUUCGAGCCAUUCAAUCUCCAGGGAGGAUUGAUGAGGGUAAGUAUGGUGUGAUUGGUGUCGUUUCAUGGGGAGUGAAAAGGUCUGUUCUGGAGGGGAAAAAUGGUGGAAACUCAUCUCUGAUACUGGCUGCCGAGAGGACCCACAGGAAAGAUCCACUCAAUGAUUUCAAGUACUAUACCGGUGGAUGGAAUAUAAGUGAAGAACAUUAUAUAUCUUCUGUGGCUUUUACUGCUGCUCCCCUGUUCCUCAUUGCUGCAAUCUGGUUUGCGGGAUUUGGCCUGUGCUUGCUGUUUAUGUGUUUCUGUUUUUGCUGCUGCCGACGUCGUCCUUAUGGAUAUUCUCAAACUGCUUAUGCACUCUCUAUUAUCCUUCUCUCGUUGUUCACCAUUGCUGCAAUUGUCGGAUGUGUUGUUCUGUACCUUGGACAAGGAAAGUUUCACAAUAGUACCGCUGAUACCUUGGACUAUGUUGUGAGUAAAGCAGACACCACUGUUGAGAAUCUUAGGAAUGUAUCAGAUUAUCUUGCUGCUGCUAAGCAGGUUGGAGUAGAACAAAUUUUUCUCCCUCCAGAUGUCCAAAGAAACAUUGACCAAGUGGAAACAAAUAUUAACUCUUCUGCUACCACUCUUGAAUUUAAGACCAAGCAGAACAGAAAGGAUAUAAAGAAGGGUUUGGAUGCUGUGAGGCUGGCUCUUAUCAUAAUAGCGGCUGUAAUGCUUCUCUUGGCUCUGCUUGGUUUCUUGUUCUCUAUCCUUGGUAUGCAGUGUCUUGUAUACAUCCUGGUGAUCAUAGGGUGGAUUCUUGUUGCAGCUACAUUCAUCCUGUGUGGUGUAUUUCUGGUUCUCCAUAAUGUGGUGGGGGACACAUGUGUUUCCAUGAAUGAGUGGGUUCAAAACCCCACAGCUCAUACAGCUUUAGAUGAUAUUCUCCCAUGUCUGGACAAUGCCACUGCCCAAGAAACAUUGUCUCAAAGCAAAGAUGUCACUUACCAAUUGGUUGGGGUGGUUAACGGGAUCAUCACAAAUGUAUCCAAUGCUAAUAUACCACCUGGUGCUGGACUUUUCUACUACAAUCAAUCUGGACCAUUGGUACCUGUCCUCUGUAAUCCAUUCAAUGCUGACAAGACAGACCGGAAAUGUGCAGCUGGUGAGGUAGAGUUUGGCAAUGCAUCCCAGGUUUGGAGGAAUUAUGUGUGCCAAGUUUCCAGCAAUAACAUAUGCACCACAGUGGGCCGUUUGACCCCUAAUAUGUAUAACCAAAUGACUGCUGCAGUCAAUGUGAGCUAUGGUUUGAAUCGUUAUGGUUCAUUCCUUACGGAUCUACUAGACUGCACAUUCGUUAGAGAUACCUUUACUGUGAUAUAUGAUGAUCACUGCCCUGAUUUGAGGCAAUACAGCAAGUGGAUUUACAUUGGGUUGGCUAUGAUCUCAGCAGCAGUAAUGCUUUCUCUGAUCUUCUGGGUGCUUUAUGCAAGAGAGAGGCGUCACAGGAAAUAUACCAAACUCGUUGAUGCUAGAUCUAUUCAAGACCCUUUUGAGGCGAAAAGGCCACAGUAA